AUGAGCCUAACAUGUACAAGCCAUCGCGACCCGGACAAGUUCCCAGCCGUCCAGCUAUUCCUCCUUGCAAUCGUCCGUCUCGCCGAACCGAUCGCACUCACCUCCAUUUUUCCCUAUGCCUGGGCUUUCAUCAAACGACUACACAUCGGAAACGAAGAUGAUGCCUCAUUUUACGCCGGCCUUCUCAUCUCGUCCUUCGCCCUAGCCGAGGCCUCGAUGGGCAUGUACUGGGGAGGUCUGUCCGACAGAGUUGGCCGGAAACCCGUUUUGCUUCUAGGAUGUGUCGGCACCAUGUUCAGCAUGAUCAUGGUUGGAUUCGCGACCAACCUUUGGGUCGCUGUGCUCGGUCGUGCCAUAGGCGGGCUCCUUAACGGCAAUAUUGGUGUGAUCCAGACCAUGGUUGGCGAGCUAGUCACAAAGCCAGAACAUGAGCCCAAGGCAUAUUCCAUCAUGCCUUUUGUUUGGAGCAUCGGCACCAUCAUUGGUCCCGCUAUUGGCGGUACCUUUGCUGACCCCCACGAUUCCUUCCCAAACAUGUUCCCCAAGGGCUCCUUGUUCGACCGAUUCCCAUACCUGUUGCCCAACCUUAUCUGCGCCGGCAUGCUUUUUAUGAGCAUCGUGCUUGGUUACUUUCUCCUCGAGGAGACGCAUCCCGACAUGCAACCCCGCGUUCUGCUUCCCGACGAUACGUUCCUUUCCGAGAACACACCCUUGAUCGAGACCUCCGAUGCGAUGAAGCGCCCCGCUGUUGACCUUCGCGAUGAAAACUACGGCACCAUGCGGGCUCGGGACAUUCAGAAUGCCAGCCUUACACUGAAGACUAUCGAGAGGCAGCCGAGUUACAACGUCUUUUCCAAGAAGAUCAUGGCAGUCAUCGUCUCCCUGUCGAUCUUCACGUAUCACUCGAUGACGUUUGACCACCUCCUUCCCAUUUUCUUCGAAGACGACAGGGUUCCUAGCAGUCAGUCGUUUGGUAUCUUCAAGGUUCUGAGCCCCUUUUACUCCCCUGGAGGCCUAGGACUCUCCCUUCAAUCAGUCGGCAUGAUCAUGGCUGUUCAGGGUGUCAUUGCCCUUUUCAUGCAAGCCGUCAUCUUUCCUUUGAUGGCUGAGAGACUCGGUGUUUACAGACUGUUCAUUCUGGUCACGGUAUUACACCCCAUCGUCUACGUUAUCAUGCCAACGCUGCUUUUCAUUCCGGAGAGGCUCCUUUACCCGGCCAUUUACUUCUGUCUUGUGGUUCGUAACUUCUUUUCCAUCCUCCUUUACCCUCUCCUCCUGAUCCUGAUCAAGGAGGCUACCCCUAGUUUUUCUGUUCUGGGCAAAGUAAAUGGGCUCGCUGCCAGUGCAGGUGCAGCAUGCCGGAUGAUCGCCCCGCCUGUGGCCGGCUAUCUGUACUCGGUGGGAAGGAAGAUGGACUGCACUGCCUUGGCUUGGUAUGGAAGCAUGUUUGUUGCCGUCAUCGGAGCGAUCCAGUGCUUCCAGGUCAAGAGAGAUAGGUCGAGGGAUGUGGGGGGCGAUGACAGCAUAGGUCAACACUCUGGCAGCGACGGAGAAGUCACUCCUGCUGCGGAGACGGCUUAA